AUGGCUUUUUCUGAACUCCUGGACCGAGUGGGCAGCCGGGGCCGGUUCCAGGUUCUCCAGAUGGGGGACCUGGUGGUCCCCAUCAUGUGGCUUGGCCCUCAGAACAUACUGGAGAACUUCUCAGCCGCCGUGCCCAGCCACUGCUGCUGGGUGCCCCUCCUGGACAACAGCACGGCCCAGGCCAGUGUCCCCGCGGCGCCGGACCCCCAGGCUCUCCUGGCCGUCUCCAUCCCACCAGGCCCCAACCGUGGGCCCCUCCAGUGUCGCUGCUUCCGCCACCCACAGUGGCAGCUCCUGGACCCCAACGCCACGGCCACCAACUGGAGUGAGGCCAACACGGAGCUAUGCGUGGAUGGCUGGGUCUGUGACCGCAGCACCUUCACCUCCCCCAUCGUGACCGAGUGGGACCUGGUGUGUGACGCUCGGGCCCUGAAGCCCAUGGAGCCGUCCAUCUACUUGGCCGGGAACCUGGUGGGAGCGGCUGUGUGCGGCCAAGUACCUGACAGGUUUGGGCACCGGAGGGUGCUGACCUGGAACCACCUUCAGGGGGCCGUGGCAGGCAUGGUGGCUGCCUUUGCCCCCACCUUCUUCAUGUACUGCCUCUUCCACUUCCUGCUGGCCUUCGCUGUGGUGGGCACCAUGCUGAACACCAUCAUUCUCCAGUGGAUGUCAGCACAAGCCCGCGUCUUGGUGAUGACUCUGAACUCCCUGGGCUACACCUUCGGCCACGUCCUCCUGGCUGCGGUGGCCUACGACGACUGGACGCUGCUGCAGCCGGCUGUCUCCAUUCCCUACUUCCUCUGCUUUGUGUACUCCUGGUGGCUGGCAGAAUCGGCACGAUGGCUCCUCAUUAUGGGCAGGCCGGAGCGGGGCCUGUGGGAGCUACAGAAGGUGGCCACCGUCAACGGGAAGAGGGCAGUGGGGGAUGUGCUGACCGUCAAGGUCUUGCGCUCAGCCAUGCAGGAAGAGCUGAGUGUGAGCCAGACUCCUGGAAGCCUGGUCGCUCUGCUCUGCACUCCUGGCCUGGGCCUCCGGACCUGUGUCUUCACCCUGUUUGCCCUUGGUUUCACCUUCUACGGCCUGAUCCUGGACCUGCAGGCCCUAGGCAGCAACAUCUUCCUGCUCCAAGCCUUUACUGUGGUCACGGACAUCCCAGCCAAGGUCGGCACCCUGCUGCUGCGGGGCCACCUGAUUCUGGUGCUGGCGGGCCUCUGCAUCCUAGCCAACACGCUGGUGCCCCACGAGAUGGAGGCCCUGUGCUCAGCCCUCGCCGUGUUGGGGCUCAGGGGAGUGGGGGCUGCCUUCACCUGCUUCCCCAUCUAUACCGCCUAGCUCUUCCCCACUGUGCUCAGGAUGACCGCAGGGGGCCUGUGCCAGAUGGCCACCCGAGCAGGAGCCAUCCUGGGGCCUCUGGUCCGGCUGCUGCGUGUCUGUGGCGCCUCCCUGCCCCUGCUGGCAUGCGGGGUGGUACCCGUGCUGAGCGGCCUGGCUGCGCUACUGGUGCUGCCCAAGCCCCAGAGCCUGCCGCUGCCUGACACCAUCCAAGACCUGCAGAGGCACCAGGCCUGCAGCUCACCCGGGAGGGUGUGUGAGGAGGGGCAGCGCCGGCCACACAGGCUCCACAUCCACUGCCAGGAGGAGGGCCUCUUGCCCAAAGAGCCCCCGCGCUAG